AUGGAAAUUCAAGAGAACGAAAGACGACCGAAACUCUAUUCCCUCUCCGUUUUUAACUCUAGCUCCCAUGACUCAGCACAAGUCAUCAGGGUAAGAAAGUGCGAUUUUAGCAGUCUACGGCAAUAAAAAUUAAAAAUUUGUCGCCGAACAAAUAAAAAAGACCAUUAAUGAACAAUCACCUUUUUGCGCUCUCGUUUUCUCGUCUAAUUUCAAACGUUUGACUGUUUGAAGAGGUUAGUGAUCACUGAUCAUUGCCAAUACUUGAUCAGUGUUUGCUUAGCCAUUUUAAGCUAAAUGAACCUUAAAGACUAUCAAGAAAGGAAAACGAAUCCUUGCCAUAGACGACAGAGAUUUCAGCGCUUCCCUGAGUUCUUUAGAUUCAAGAUCAUGGAAGAAAAAAGUAAAUUGGUUGCGUUACUAUUCCUCGGACUCCUUUGCGAUUCAAAAAGCGUUAGAAUCUUUCAUAAAGACAGGGGAGAGUCUACCUUACACCCCGAUGUCCUUUCUUCGCUAAGGAAAGCAAUAGGAGCACAGUUGCUGACAAUUCAUGCACUUUUAACUUAAUCCUGUUCGGAAAGUGCCGAGAAGGAAUGUUGAUGAUCGCGUAGAAUGCUAUUACGAUGAAAAAUAUAGCAACUUCUGUUCGCCGUUGAAACUUUCAAGUGUGUUAUUAUCAAGACCUUCUCGCCAUGCGACUGAGAAUGAGUAUUGACCCAUUAUCAUCAUUAUUUUUCAUCAUAUUCAUCAAAUCUCUUUUAUCAGGUAUUACUACUCUAAAGCCCAGUGUUUCGGCGGCCAACAAGGUUGUGAUAGCAAGAAAAGGUUUCAAUGUAACCUUGAUUUCGCCUUGCCAGGAAGGUUACAUCUCUUACAACCUCAGACUCCUGGGAAAUCAAAGGACUAGAAUUAAUAAAAAGUUACAACAGAGUAGAAAUUCUUUAGCCACACUGCUGAAAAAUGACUAAUUCGUACCACAGUGGCUGACUUCAGUAUUACCAAAAGUUUUUUUAAAAAGCCACAGACUGAGAAAUGAAUGUAUAAGUAUAUACAAAUAAUUUGUGUCCCACCUUUCUUUGAAGCUAUGCACUCUCAUCCCGUCCAUCUCAGAGAGCGACUACGAACUCCUCUUGUGUCCAUGAAAGUUUUAAUUUCGUAUUGUUUCUUUUACCUUUUUCUUAAACCAGGUGUUAUUGCUCUGAGGCCCAAGAUCUCCGUGGUCGAUAAGGCUGUUGUUGCACAAAAAGGUUCCACAGAAACCUUGAUAUGCUCUGCCACGAGGGUUAGAAAACUUUCAACCUCAAGCUCUUGGGAAUUCAACGGACAAGAAAUAAAGAAAAGAAACAACAAAAUAAUAAUACCAGAGCCACACUAUCAAACAGAUAAAAGAAAAGGAAACUUUACUUUAACCAUCAAGAAUGUUUCGGACACAGAUGUUGGUACAUACACCUGCAAAGUCUCCAAAAUAAACCUUGACGAGAUGCUUGAGGCAAAGGAGAAUAUAGAGCUGUCAAUUCAGGAAGAAAGUGAGUUUAACCAACAUUUCUCUUCUCUUUUACCUUAAAAGGUGCUGCAGCUCAUUCUCAUUUUUCGUCACUUAGGGGAGAAAGGAGAAUAACAUCCGGUCUUCAUGACAAACAACACAUCAAAACACACGUCCCUCACUCCCUGGAAAGUCGCUUGAGUUCCUUCCAUCUCUCCAUCCCUCCCUACCUCGAUCUCCACCUCAUCCAAGACAAUAGAAAUGUGAGAGCCCGUUUAGCGUCUAUCUCUUUUUUAACCUUAUGAAUCGCAUACAUGUAACGUGAAUGAUUCAGGCUGAGUUUGAAAAACGCAGAAAGCGUGAUGAAACCUUGAUGUGUAAAAUUGGUGUCUUGUCCAUUAGGGUGUUCUUCUCAAUAAAUGUCACUCUUCAUUGGGGCGGGUAUCGAAGGCAGGCUCAACUCCAUAAGUAAACUGCAAGGUUCUCAUCUCAGAUCUACUUUCAUGUGUAUCUGAAAGUGUACAUAAGUCAAUCCAUUACCGAUACUUUUUUCUUCUACCAGUACUCAACGUCACUUCCACGCAGACAAACAUCGCCCUCGACGAAGGAAGCACAAUAACUCUCACUUGCAGUGUCAUCUUUUCAGAGGCUUUCGCUGUGGUCGUGUACUGGCUUUUGAACGGAAAAAUAGCAUCUAAACCUGAAGUAUUGCAC